GUGGCCCCAUGCUGGCAGCCUGUGUCUUUAAGGAGCCAUGUAAAGAAGGCGUGUUCAAACGCACUACUGAGGCAGCAGGAAGAGGCAUUGUAGUGAGUUAUUGCGCUUCAGAGCAGCAGCACCGCUUCUGAGGAUGCGGUGACAGCAGCAGUAACAUUUCUCCGAAAAAAGCACAGCCUGUAUGUCUAACAGUGUUAUUUGGAUUCCCGUGAACUGCUGAUCUGAGCAUUUUACAUUUCCUUUCCUUUGAUGAAUGCACCUCCUUUGUAAGCCUGCUGGGGGCCUAAAAGUGGAGCUGCACCCGGUAUUUAUGAAUGGGAUGCUCGAUUCCCAUGCUGACUGGAAUUGAGGAGCAUCAAUAUUCAUUCCAAGGUCUCCAACAAGGAUUGAACUGAAGAUUUUGGAGCUCUUUUUGUAGCCUGACUGCAUCGCUCUACUACCUCUUUGUGCAAAUAACAAACUCCUAAUCAGCCACCAUGCCAAUCCUAAAACAACUAGUGUCCGGCUCCUCACAGACCAAGCGUCGCUCACGCAUGGACUUGACCAGGGAGAUGAUCAGUGCUCCACUGGGCGACUUCCGUCACACCAUGCAUGUAGGCCGCAGUGGUGAUGCCUUCGGUGACACCUCCUUUCUCAGUUCCCGUUCAGGAGAACCUCCAUCUGAGACCACAUCCUUCCCCCGCUCUCCCCGACCUGGCCUCCUGUCUCGCACUUUCAGGAGUAGCAAACGCUCCCAGUCUGUGAGCAGAGUGGACCAGCAGAGAGACAACUCUCUGGUGGUCCCUGGAGAGUCACCUACCUACGUGAAGAAUGCCAUGUCCUUGCCCUUCCUCAAUGAUGAAGACAGAGUGGACCAUAUGGUGGCAAAGAGUCUGUCCUCAAGUCCUUUAAAGCAGCAUGAUGAGAUGGAUGAGAGAGGUGCAGCAGCAGCCCAUCACUUCCUGGAGCUGGAAGAACAGAGCUUUGGUGAGUUGACUGAGCUUCCAGAAAGCUCUCGCCACUUUGGAGGUGGAAUGAAGCAUGCCGAGUCAGUUAUGUCUUUUCAUGUCGACCUGGGACCCUCAAUGCUGGGUGAAAUCCUGGGAGUGAUGGAGAAGGAGGAGGAUGAUCUUGGCUAUGAGGAAGGCAAGAGCAGUGAGGGCCGCGCCUCACCACCUCUCAGCACCCACGGAGAAGAAGAGGAAGACAUGGAGAGAGGACACGAUGAAAGUACAAAGGAGCAGGUGGUAGCAGAGGAAGAAGAAGAAGAAUUGCAGCAGCAGGCCUCUUUACAUCCAGCCAGCUCUAUAGAUCUGGAGCCUGAGCAUGGUGGAUCCUACACUCCAGAGUACACUCCAGAGACACGGCCAAAACACUUGCAGCAUCUAGACAGCUGUUCCAUGUCCAGCUCUGGCUCUGCUGCCCUGGAUGAGAAACCAAACAGCCAGACAUAUGCAGGAGAUACAGACAGCGCCACCUUCAGUGCCCCACCCGAGGAGGAGAGCAACUUCUCCUCUUUCUUGGAAGAUGAAGAUGAUGAGAUCCGUGUAUGAGAUUCUAAAGCCUUUGAAAAAGAAAAUAGGACAGAGCUCUGGAAGGGGUUUAUUUGAAACUUGCAAGUCCUUUGACAGUGUGGAUUUGCACUUGAAUCAAAAUAAGACACUCUAGUUGGAUACUGUGGGAAUGGGAUUGUGAAGAACACAAAGGACUCUAACUUCUGUAGGUCUGCAAAAAAAAAAAAAAAAAAGACUGACUGCUCCUUUAGGAUGAGCCCAGACUCCAUCUGUCAGAGAGCCUUACCCUCCACUUUGUGUUUGUCUGUCAAUCCGUCUCUCCCUUUGAACAUUGGGAACUGACAUGGAAGAGCAGCCACUUUUUGAAUAUGGAACAUUCCAGAAGUGAGCAGGGAGGUAGCAAGGACGGGUUAGAAAGGAACUUUUGUAGGAAAAACACUUUCCAUAACUAAAGCUCAGUUCCAGCUUUCUCUCUCUCCCCUCUCACUUGACAUGUCACAUGUGCUUUUUUCAUCUGUUUCACUUUUUCUUCUCGCUGCGCUUUCUCUCUCUCUGGCUGUGGGACAUUAUGAGGCCUGAGUUGAACAGAAGGCCCCUGUCAACACAGGAUCACUGGUGGGUAUCUUGUCACAAUAAAGAGGGCUAUCUUAGUCACUGGAGCGUGAAACCCUGCCUUGAGCUUCUUUAAUCUGAAAAUAUUAUAGUAAAGUGCCAUAGAUCUGUGAGCGUUCCCCUCCUUAUGUAACUCAGGGUCCUUGUGACACUGCUCAAAAGCUGCCGUUUCCUGUUGUAAUGCUGGACCACAAAGCCAAACCAAAAGUCUCCUCUGUAUUUUAAUUCACAGUGAGUGCCACAGAGGCUUAGACUCGGGCUUAGUGUAAAUUAGAGAAACAAUGGAGACACAUUGGCCUGCAUUAACUAUAAAGCAUGGUGUUACUACAGGAAACCAAUGGU